AUGUCGAUAAAGUUUAGACACAUUCCCAGAGUGCACAAUGAGAUUGCAGAUGCAUUGACCACUUUAUCUUCGAUGCUCCAACACCCUGAUGGCGCUCAUAUCGACCCUUUAUACAUACAAAUUCGUGAUCAACAUGCUUAUUGCAACAUGAUUGAGGAGGAAUUUGAUGGUAAGCCUUGGUUUCAUGAUAUCAAAACAUAUCUUCAGUCUGGAGAAUGUCCGUCGGAUGUAACCAGUAAUCAAAAAAGGACUAUUCGACGACUAGCAAGGGGGUUUUUCUUAAGCGGAGGCAUACUGUACAAGAAGACACCCGAUUUAGGUCUUCUAAGGUGGGUAAAUGCUCAAGAGGCUUCCACAAUCAUGAUUGAAGUACACUCAGGAGUUUGUGGACCUCAUAUGAAUGGAUAUGUUCUAGCCAAGAAGAUACUUCGAGCAGGAUAUUAUUGUCUCACCAUGGAGCGGGAUUCCAUAUGA